CCCGUUGUCAAAUUUCUCGGUGGACCUUCCUCCCUCUCGAAGUCUCAAAGCGGACGGCCGCUUUGAGCCGCCCACCCACUGUCUUCGGCUCCCCCCGUGUCCUCCAUCCUCCAUUCCAUCGCCGUCCCCGUCCCCGUCCGGCCGUUCCUCACAAACCAUCUUUCUUUUCUUCCUCUUCCUUGUGCUCUCCUCUCCAUCAAGUGAGGUGUUAUCCCUCCCCUAAUCCCCUUCCCCCUUCCUUCCUUCUCCCGUCUGCCAACACCCAACUCCCUCAGUUCACAUCACCUUUGCUUCCCUUUGCUUUGCUUUCGUGCCGCCCUUGAACGCAAGAAGCCAACAAGCACAAGCAAGCCUCCAGUUUCAACAAGACAAGACCGGUGAUCCCAAGAAGCCAAGGAGAAAUCCGGCUGAGGAUCAAGCCGCGGGAAGCGAAGAAAUCCAGGAAGUCACCCACCGCCCCCCGUUGCCGAAGAAGAAAGCAGCCAGACAGCCAGCCAUGGUGCGGAGCAAAGAGCCGUCCAAGAAGAAGCAGCCCAAGGACCCGCUCCUGACGCCUCCGUCCAAGCCCAGGGGCGGCGGCUUCCUGGACGAAGGCCGCGGCCGCCCGUGGAACCGCGGCGGCGCGGCCAUGUCCCCGGCGCCGGCGCCGGCGUCGGUGCCCAGCUACAUGCGGGGCACCAGCAGCUCCGACGCCAAGGCCGGGCGCCGCGGCCGGCCUGCGGCGUCCGUGUCGGCGUCGGCGUCGCCCGCCAGGUGGAGGCCCUCGGCGUCGGUGUCAGCGUCCGCGUCGCCCGCGAGGCGGAGGCCGGCCGUGCGGGUGCUGACUCCCAAGGGGAAGGUUUUGUUCGCGGAGGAGGCACCUGGCUCCGCCGGCCUAGGCCGAGCCACGUGCUCCUCGACCAUGAAGGACACCAAGUUCCCCGACGCGCUGGACCUCGCGCCGGGCUCCACCGACGCCGAGGGCCCCGCGGCGCUGCGGGUGUGCCCUUACACCUACUGCUCCCUCAACGGGCACGUCCAUGCGCCGGCGGUGCCGCUCCGGAGCUUCCUCGCGUCGCGCCGCCGGCUCAUCAAGACGCAGCAGAGCAUGAAGCUCAAGGGCGUCUCGGCCUUCCGCAAGAAAUCAGAGGAGAAGACCGGCGGCGGCGGUGGCUGUGGCGGUGGAGGAGGUGCAAAGAUCGCGCCUUUGAUCGACGAGGAGGCGGUCGGCGACUUCUUCGUCGAGGUGUAUGGUGGCCCGAGGGUGAGCUCGGACAUGAGCUGCAGCGACUUGUCUCUGGACGAGAUGGAGGCCACGGUGCGGAGGAUGGAGUUCGUUGUGUUCGAUCGGUGCGGCGCGGACGAGGACGGUGAGAAGGGGAAGGAUCUCGCUGUUUGCGAUGAUGGUGAACCUGAGCCUCGCCUGGUGUUGAAAGAGAAGCAUGGUGCCUUCGGGGACAGCUUGUCGGACUGCAGUGGAGCGCACGCCGGCAGCGAUUUCGUCGAGGAGUUGCCAUGGUUGAGGUACCACGGAUACGAGUAUGAUGAUAGCUUGGAUGAUGAGAUCUUGGAAGAACAGAGAAUUAGAGAAGAGGAGGUUGUUGGAACAGAGUUUUCUGUGGAGCAAGAAGAGGGACAAGGAACAUCUGGUAGAUCCUCUGAUGAGUACAAAAAGAGUGCUGCUGAAGAACAGGAAGAGAAAGAGAACGAUGAGGAAAACCCAUCGAAUUUGGUCCGUGACCAAGAGAUCCUUGCAGAUCAAGAUGAACAAGGAACAUCUGGUAGAUCCUCUGAUGAGUACAAAGAGGGUGCUGCUGAAGGACAGGAAGAGGACGAUGAGGAAAACACAUCGAAUUUGGUCCAUGACCAAGAGAUCCUUGCAGAUCAAGGUGUUGCUUGCAGAGUGGAGGCAUGUGAGGAGCUGGAUGGAAGAGAUGAUGACAACAUCCUGGAGGCAUCUGUUGAACAAGGGACGACAGAAGAGAAGCUCUCUGACGAUAUCUACAAAUCUCAGAUACCUGAUCAAGAAGUAACAGCAAGGGCAGGUGCUAUUCUGGAAGAUAGCUUCAAAGAGGACGUUUCAUCGGACCAAGAGGCAAAUGAUGAUGAUGAAGAUGAGUGCCAUGUGGAAUCUGAUGGCGAAUCAGAUGUUACUGGGGAGCAGGAUCUGGAGGAUCAACAGAGCAUGCCAGACGAUGGCUCUGAAAUGGAAAUUUCUGAGGACACUAUCUCUGGAGAUGGAUGCAAAGAGGAUUUUUCUGAGGAAGUAACCUCCAAAGCUGUGUUAGCAGACAAUGUGUUUGAACAAUAUGACAAUUCUGUGGAUGAUGAACCUGAACAAGAUAGCAGCCUUGCUAAUGCUCAAAAUGAAUUGGGUAAUCCAACAAGCAAAAUUGAAGAUGCUUGUGAAGAAACUGCUAUUGUGCAACAAAUCGAUCAAGACAGCAAUGCAGAUACUCAAAAGGAAUUGGAGAUUAUGACAUCCGUUCUGGAAGAAUCUGGUAUUACUCAACAAAGCAACCCUGAUGGUGAUAAAAUUGAACCAGAGGUUACUGUGUGCAAGUUGAAAGAUGCUUCUGAAGAAUCUGGUGCCUGCCCUGAAAGCAACCUACAUGAUAAUACAGAGUAUGUUACAGAUGAUGCUGAAAUGGGACAAGAAAUUACCAGAUGCAAGUUGGAAGAUGCAUCUAAAGAAACUGGAAUUGAUCAAGAAACCUUAGAAGAUGGUAGCUCCACAUGUGUUAUUGUUGAUGAUAGAAACAAUUUGGAGAUCCAUAACUGCAAAUCAGAAGAUGUUUCCGAAGAGUCUGUUACCACUCUGGAAGCUGACCAUAGUGAUGUUCAACAAACUGCAGAAGAUCAUGACUCGUGUCUCAUUGAUGAUGCUCAAAAUGGUAUCCAAAUCAUUGGGUGCAAAUCAGUGGACACUUGCAAAGAAUUUGAUACUAUGAAAGAAACUGCUCAGAGUGAUACUUCUGCAAAUGUCAGUGCUGAUGCUGAAGAAACUGUAGAAGAUGGUGGUUCUGUUUGUGUCAGUGAUGAUGCUCAAAAUGGUUUGAAGUUUUCCAAGUGCAACUUGGAAGAUGCUUCCAAAGAACCUUGUACUGUUCAAGAAGCUGAUUGGAGCAAUAGUUCUGCAAAUGUCAGUGCUGAUGCUGAAGAAACUGUAGAAGUUGAUGGUUCUGUGUGUGUCAGUGAUGAUGCUCAAAAUGAUUUGAAGUUUUCCAAGUGCAACUUGGAAGAUGCUUCCAAAGAACCUUCUACUGUUCAAGGAGCUGAUCGGAGUGAUAGUUUUGCAAAUGUCAAUGCUGAUGCUCAAAAUGGAUCUGAGCUUACCACAAAUGAGUUGGCAGUCAUUACCAUCAGUAAUGACAAGGAAAAUGAAUCCAAGCUUUUCACAUGCAACUCAGAAGAAGCUGACCAUGAUGAUAGCUCUGUAUGUCUCAGUUAUGGUGCUCAAAAUGAAUAUGUGGUUACCACAUGUCAUUCAGAUGUUACUCAAGAGGAUGAGGAUGAGGGUAAAACUGCAGGCGCUGAAAAGAAAUUGGAAGCAUCAGGAGGUGCUUCUUUGAAAUCUGCUAUGCAUCAAGAGGCUGCUGGAGAUAAUAAUACCACAGAUGCAAGUAAAGAUACUCAUGUUACUGAAGAAACUAAUCAAUCAUUCAAUAUGCAAAUGCCAGCAGAAUUUACUGAUGCAAAAGAACCUUCUAUUGAUGACAUAUGUGGUGCGUUCAGUGGAAUGAACCUCAAGGGGGAUGUAUAUUUUGAUCCUGCUGAGUUUUCCACAUGUCCAGGGAACAAAUUGAUCAUCUCCAGGAGGAGGAGAACACCUGAAGAGGAGGAAUACUUGCGAGGUUUCAAUCCACGGGCACCGAAUUUUCUUCCUCUGGAAUUGGAUCCAGAUGCAGAGAAGGUUGACCUUAAGCAUCAAAUGAUGGAUGAGCGGAAAAAUGCUGAAGAAUGGAUGAUUGAUUAUGCACUUAGAAGGGCAGUAACAAACUUAGCUCCUGCCCGGAAGAAGAAAGUGGAGCUUCUUGUCCAGGCCUUCGAGACUGUUGUACCACAUGAUGAGGAUGAUAAGAAAAACAUCUCACGCUCAAGGCCUGUUCAACCCUGUAACUGAUAACAUUAGAGUUAGUGGUUACACUAAUGUUGAUCUUGACGCGCAAGCUACUAACUCGGAGGUUACUGCAAUAUUAGCGCCAGUAACCUGCUCCAAGUUUGAAUGAGAGAGCUAUUUACUAGUUUGCUAGAGGUAACUAGAGAAUAGAGAUCUCUAGCUGAGUUGUGACAGAGGAGGAGCUCACUCCUGCUCCACAAGGAAGGAUAACUACUCAUUACUGAUCAAGGUAUUGCUAUCCAGUUGCUGAGUUGCAAAGAGAAUGCUCCCGGCUUGAGUUAUGUAAUUUAAGUGUGUGUAUACAUGUGUCUCGUGUGCUAGUGUUGUCUGAUAUUGUGCUGGUGGAUGUAUGAGGCUUGGAAAAUGUCAAUGGCGAUGAGGUCCAUGUCUCCUCUGGCAAAGAUCAAUAAAACUCAUCUUGAGUGCGCAAUGUUGUUACUGAGGUU